AUGGCCGUAGGAAGUAUUUCGAAAACUAGAGGCCAAAAGUCGUUGAACUAUAUACAAAUAAAAAUCAAAGGAAACUCAAUGGUUCUGAACACCAGUGCCAGUAAUCAACAGAAUGUGAGUAAGCUGUCCAUGAUAGCAGCAGUAGAAUCACAAUGCAUUCCAUGGUUAGCUGUGUUCAUCGCUGAAUUUCUGGCCAUAAUUAUUCUUAACAUCAUCAUCAUUGUUGUGUUUGUGAAGAAGCGCCAGCUACUACGCCGAAGCACAUACUUGAUCAUCCAUCUGUUAGUAGUCGAUCUUAUAGUUGGAGCAGUGGCAGGCCCUGGAUGGAUCGUGGAAGAUAUGAGUCUAUACUGUCAUCAGAGCGAGGAGUACCAGUUCCCUGGUUGGUUCUCCAAGGCAUCAUCUGAAUUCACCAUCGUCGUCUGUCUCAACCUCUUUUUCAUUUCACUAGAGCGAGCACACGCCACAUUUCGUCCAUUCAAGCAUCGUUUCCUCAAGAAAUGGAUUUAUGCUGUGAUAAUCGCUAUCAUUUGGAUAGUAUACGGUGGCAUACUGGUCAGUAAAGUGUUUACAAUUGACGAUCACUUUCGCUUUGAUUGGAGUACGAGUCGCUUCCUUCCUCUGUGUGUUCUUUGUGUUUCUUAUGUCAGUAUAUUUUUUAAACUCCGCUUCGGUCGUCAUCCUCAACAAGUUGGUGCAGUCGGCUUGCGGGAAAGAAAACUGACCAAAACCUUGUUCCUUAUAACUGUAGCAUCUUUAUUAAGCUGCCUUCCAAUGAUUAUCUACAACCAUUUUAUAGAUGUUCGAAUUGAUUUCGACAUUUCUCAGCAGCUACACUUCCAUAUGUAUAUGACAUUGUUCGUAAUUUACCUUGCUGGUUCGCUGAUUAAUCCAAUACUAUACGCCAUGCGGGUCCCAGGAGUAAGAGCAAGCGUAUCACAACUAUUCUGCAGGAAAUAGUCUGUGAAACCCAAACAAUAAUCACUUCAAGAUCUCCACUAUCUCAGGAUUUGAAGCAGUGCGCUGUUUAAAUAACAGUUUGUUUAAGGCUGCUUAGCAUUUUCUGCAUUUUAUGAGGGAAAAAAUACGUUAACCAAACAGAGGCAGAAGCUAAGGAACUGGUCAUUGUUUAUCAUUAUUUAUCCCCUGGGGGGGAGUGGGGGAAUUUUGGAUGUGUCACGAUAAGAUUUACAGACCCUCCCCCAAGGGUUCUGUAAUAUUCUUAUGAUCCCCUCCCUCAUUGGCAGUUAAUUGGCAAUCAAUUUUCUAUAGACCCCCUAACACUCUUUUGAUGACGACUGAUUCCUUCCUCUGUUCCCCCUUAAAACCAUGGGAUCCCCCUAAAAUCCACUUAUUCCCCACCCAACCCCCCGGCGAUGGAAAAAGUACUGGUCCCCAAAAAUCAUCGAUUUCGAUCAGAAGCCUUUGUGGAUCGUGCUAAUAAAAGUAGCAUAUUAUGCUACUAGCAUCGCUCGCCCUUUUUUCCAAAUUAUGCUCAAAAUUGCGUUGAUUUUCAGUAAAAUUAUGCUACUUUUUCUUUUCGGAGAAACAAACA